AGGCGUGGGGGUUACUCCACAGUCCUGAGUCCCUCCAAGACUCCCUUGCAGUCUUAGACCGCAUAUAUUCAUAUAUUCGCAACUAAAUUUGCCCGUAAUCCCUUGAACAACCAAGAGUUUCAAGCAACCAUGGACAACAACAUGGAAUUCUCUCAAGAAGACUUCGAACGCUUAAUAAUUGUCUUGGAACGCACCCGCAAAGUUGCCGAACUCAACUACGCCAAAGAUCCUCUCGAUGCCGAUAAUCUUACAAAGUGGGCGGGAUCAUUGCUCGAAUUGUCGCAGUAUCAAAACACUGAAGCAGAUACAAUGGCGAUGAUCAAAGAUUCAAUUUCAAAGUUUGAAGAGGCUCUGCUUAUUAAUCCCUCGAAGCAUAAUGCUCUGUGGUGCCUAGGAAACGCUAACGCCAACUAUGGCCUUUUGAUUCCUGAAGUGGAUGAGGCUAAGCCUUAUUUCGGUAAAGCCGCUGAAUGUUUCCAGAAAGCAGUGGAGGAGGACCCGACCAAUGAGCUCUAUCUUAAGUCUUCGGAAUUCGCAUCCAAGGCAUUAGAUUUGCACUCGGAGUUCCAUAGUCAAGUUCAACAAAAUAUUGGUGCAGGACCUGCCUCUUCCUCCCUUUCAAAGAAAUCCAAGUCAAAGAGCAGUGAUCUCAAGUAUGACAUAUUUGGAUGGGUUAUUCUUGCUGUUGGUCUUGUCGCUUCACUCGCUUGGGCUGGGAUAGCGAAAUCGAACAUUCCACCACCACCCCGAAGGUGAAUCUUAUCUAGGUCGUCUUUAAACUUUUCGUAUAACCUUUUAUCAGGAUGUGAUACAGUAAAUUGAGUUAUUUAGUUGAUAAGAUAGCUUCAACUUAAUUUAUUUAUUUAUUUCACCUUCAAAAUUUUCUCCAUUAAUAGUUUGUUUGGAGGUGUAUUUAUAAGAAUUCUUGAUUAUUUUACUGGCAAAUUUUCAAUACCUUUUAGUUUGUGUUCUCGUGUAAUUAAUUUCAUA